UGCUUGUAUUGUCCGCAGGGCCCGGCCCUGCCCGCCUUCUCCCAUCUCCCGCCCUCAUGGUGCUGACAAGAAGAGCAACCCGCCUGGCGCAGAGCGCCAAAGUCGCCCAGAAAAUCGAGGGCCGCCCAGAAAACCGAAACCGGCCGCGCACGCCCGCUCAGCCGAGCCCGCUGUCGCCGGCCCCCCCACAUCCCCCGCUGAAACUGUCCUCCCCGGUGCUGUCGUCUGUGUCGUCGCCCAGUGUCGCCAGUGUCGCCAGUGUCGCCAGUGUCCUCCCCCUCGUCCUCCCCCUCGUACGUGCCGUCCCCUUUCUCCGCCUGCCAUCACAGCCCCCGCAUCCCCCGCUCGCCCCGCACCGCUCCCCACCUACCCCGACGCCCCCACAACCUCCUUCAGAGGCCGCCUCGGCUACCCCUGCCUGAACACGCUGCUGCGGGCGCGCAACCCCGCGGUUUUCUGCGCGCGCACGUGCAGGCUGGAGCGCAUCCGCCGCGAGGGCCUCGAGGUGGCCAAGACGCUGGGCCUGCAGAACACCGCGGACCUGGCGACCGUGCUGCGCUGGAACGAGCAUUUCGGCAUCCGCUUCUUCCGGCUCAGCUCCGAUCUGUUCCCGUUCGCGAGCCACGCAGAGGCUGGCUACACGCUCGAAUUCGCCGACGAAGCGCUGCAGGAGGCCGGCCGCGUCGUGAACGCGUUCCGGCACCGCGUCACCAUGCAUCCCGGCCAGUACACGCAGCUCGCGAGCCCGCGCGCGGCCGUCGUCGAGGCCGCCGUCCGCGACCUCGCCUACCACGACGAGGUGCUCCGCCGCAUGAAGCUCGACGAGCCCAUCGACCGCGACGCCGUCCUCGUCAUCCACAUGGGCGGCACCUUCGGCGACAAAGACGCGACCCUCGCCCGCUUCCGCGGCAACUACGCGCGGCUCCCACAGUCCAUCCGCGCCCGCCUGGUGCUGGAGAACGAUGACGUCUCGUGGAGCGUCGAGGACCUGCUGCCGGUGUGCGAGGAGCUGGACAUCCCGCUCGUGCUCGACUGGCACCACCACACGAUCGUGCCGGGGACGCUGAGCGCCGACGUCCGCGGCGUCCUGCCGCUGGCCGAGCGCAUUGCAGCGACGUGGACGCGCAAGCGCAUCACGCAGAAACAGCACUACUCGGAGGCCGCCAUGCGCGGCGCCGUGGUGCCCCACCAGCGGCGCCAUCACUCGGACCGCGUGCGCGCGCUGCCGCCCUGUGCCAGCGACAUGGACUUGAUGAUCGAGGCCAAGCAGAAGGAGCAGGCCGUCUUCGAGCUCCGGAAGCUCCACGGAAUGGACGGGUGUCCCGCGGAAAUCUUUGGGCUGGGAGUACGACGAGAAGCUGCAGGGGUGGUACCCUGAGGGAGAGGAGGGCCGGCUGAAGCGGAGGCGAAAGAGGCGAGUGCAAGCGAGCGCAAGCGAGCAGACCGUGCGAGUGAAGCGAGUACGGAAGCGGCGAGGGAGGAGCGAGCGAGGCGAGCGAUGGCAGGGAAGGGAGGACGCGAGCGGCCGAGCGGC